AUGACACUGCAGUUGGCCAUCUUAGCGCUUGUUACAUUAGCUGCAGUAUUGGCUUGUCGGCGUGCAAUGAAUAUUACUCCUACUGCUACUUCUACUACUAUUACUCCUACUGCUACUUCUACUACUACUACUACUACUACACCUUCUACUAUCUCUCUUGCUAGUAAUAUUUCAACAGCAACCAUUAUACCUCCUUCACCUUCAUUGGAUCCCAUGACCCAAAAUCCUUUCUAA